UCGUGCUCCAACCCCGCCGAAAACACGUGCACUUUCUACACGGACUGUCUGGAGAAGAAGAUGCAGUGCGGGAGCUCCGGGUACCCUAUCGAUUACGGCUUGAAAUACUGCAAGAAAUUCACUGCUGCGAGGGGGGAAUUUAGCGCAAGGGGUAAGGCGUGGAUCACGAAGACGAUGUUGUGCCUGCAGCGCGCGCUGGUGCCGUAUGCGACGGGCGAGCAGAAGGGGACGUGUGCGAAGCUGAAGGAGUUUGCGUUCGCGACGCAUCCGGGUUGUUAUGUGAGUAGUGGGGUGUGUGCGCUGCCGCCGGGGGAUUGGGAGGUGAUUAUCAAGACGGUGAGUAUUAAGGAGUUGUUUGGGAGUGUCGAUGCGUUGAAGGCGACGUUGCAGACGGCGGGGGAUUGUGUUGAGUUUUACCAGUGGUUGAUUGAGAGGGGGAUUGUGAAGGUCGUGGAGAAGGUGAAGGAUAAGGUUGAGGAUGUUUGGCACAAGAUUACGGGUUGGUUUUAG